UAUAUUCAUGGAUAUCCGGAUAUUAUCCGUAUCCAUAGCCAGAUCUGCUCCCAUCAAGAGCUUUAUGUUGCUCAUUUCGAUUAUUUCGUAAAAUUUUUUCCGAAACAGCUUAUAUCCAGAAGCCAAACAAAUUUUUAAAAACAUAUCUUGCCGACCUAUGAGGUUAGGCUGUAAAAUUAAAUUUAAUAUAAAUUCAAAUUUUAGACAGCUGCCAGACUUUUCUUAUUUUUUUAUGUUGCACUAAGUGCUUGUGGGGUAAUAUUUGGAUCAGUAGCUACUAUGGUUUGGAUUCUAGUUCCUUUAGUUGUUGUUCCCUUAGCAGCAUAUUCUUUAUCCAGACAUUCAUCAAAGUGUUUAUAUCCUUUCCUAGUUAUUUCUGUUAUUAAUUCAAUUGUUACUUUUUGUAUGGCUUUAAUUGUUGGGGGGUUUUCGUUGCUUUGUUUUGAACAAUUAAAAAAUCAUUUUGAAACUAUUGCUUCCCAGCCUUCCUUAAAACAUUUUUCAACAUCUUUACAAGCUUCUGAUUCUUUUAUUCCCUUUUUUGACAAUUCAAAUUCUUCUUCAAUGACAACUUUUAUUUAUUGUGCUUUAACUAUUUUAUCUAGUAUAAUUUUAUCUUUAUUCUUUUUUUGGCAAUCAAUUGUUCUUUUUAGUUGUAUAACAUAUUUCGAUGUGUUAGCGCAACAAAGAAAGCAACAUGAACAACAAUUAAAACAAUCAGUUGCAGCUGGGAUUGAAUCUCGAAUUCAUUCCCUAGCUUCCGCUCCAACAGAAAUAAGAGGGACACAAUCAGCGGUAAUUGGAGGGAAAAUGGAGUGCUCUCAAUGUAUUUCUGAAAUUCGACAACUGGAUCAAUUUUCAGAGCUUAAAGCAUCCUUUAGACAGUGCUGA